UGAACGUAGUGCCUGCUCUUUUGGCGAAGGAUUGCUGUGGCCAUCUUCUAGUCAAGUCAGGUCCACUUUCUUGCUGGCAGGAUGGCUACGUGGUAUGGAAGCGCUGAAGGAAGCAAACCUUUGCCCAAUUCAGGAUGGCUACGUGCCUUUGCCGUCGGCUGCAGCAACUUCUCCAUUCAGUACAACUAUCAAUGUGCCAGUAUCGCUAUGGCCAUCAUGGCCACCCACGGUGACCGUCACGUCAGUGACCCUGCGGCCGCAGAUUUUCCGGCGGCACCAUGGGUGCACAAGACCCUGCUGGCGGUGGUCUUUGCUGGCUCAGUAGCAGGCAUGCUCUUCAUGGGCUUUUUGGGUGACUUCAUCGGGCAUCGACGGGCCUUGUUGUUGACCAAAGCCCUGGUCGUCCUUGGAGCGUUCUUGUGCAUUUUGCUUCCUGCAGAAGCCAGCCAUGACUUCUGGACGCAUCUCGCGCUCUGGCGCUUCAUCAUUGGUGUAGGUCUAGGGGGAGCCUAUCCCCUGACAGCUGCCGUAGCUGGGGGAUCCGACCGAGUGGGUCAGGCCUUCUUUUGGCAGACCCCGGGCUUGGUGGCGCCGUAUGUGGUGGCCUUGAUCUUGGUGGACCUCGUACCUGGUGCUACGGGGACACAGUUCCGAUGGAUUUUGGGCCUGGGUGCCUUACCCUCGGUGGUGGCCCUGUUAGCAUCUCUACAAGGUCCAGAGGACUCCGUUCGAGGCAGUGGAGAUAGUCUGAUCGAAGGCUUUCGACAGGCUUUGAGCUGUCGUCAGCUCCAGCGCCGUUUGAUUGGGACUGCUGGAAGUUGGUUCCUGUUCGAUGUGGCAGCUUAUGGUACUGUUGUCUUUACGCCUCACAUUCUCAGCGUCUUUGGCAGGGAGCAGUCACUACUUCAACUGAUCCUGCUUUCAAUCCUCUUGCUAUCCUUCUCCAUUCCUGCCACCUGGCUCUCCGUGGUGGCUUUGCCAAUACUGGGAGCGAAGAAGCUGAACCUCUAUGGUUUCGUGUUGCAAGCAGCACUGUUCGCGGCUUUUGCUAGCAGCUAUAGCAUUCUGAACGAAUCGCGGAAGGUGCUCCUCACCCUACUUUGUGCCAUCUACUUUGGUCUCAAUUGGGGCGUUUGCGUAUCAACCUACGUGCUUCCCAUUGAAGUCUUUCCGGAAGAAUUCCGGGGCACCUUGCAUGGGGUUUCUGCCGCCUCCGGAAAACUGGGAGCGCUAGUUGGAGCAGCCCUCUUUCCGUUUCUGAAUGCAGCUGCAGGGGUUCCUGCAGUGAUGGGGCUGCAGGCGAUCGUCUGUGGCUUGGGCGCUUGUCUGAGCUAUUUCUGUUUGCCGCCCGAAGAUUGCAGCUUACGCCUCGAGUUGCUUUAACCACAAGGUCCUGGAUCAUGGAUUUCUUCGGAACUUGAAC